AUGACUAUGUCAAUCUGUUUGCUGGUGAAGUAUCAUCUUCUCAAGCACCAGCUGAUCAAGAUGUUCUGCAACUUCAAGUUAGCUGAGAGCCCAGAAAAACUGUGCACAGAAAAUUGGAAGGCUGCUGCUGAUGAAGCUAAGAAAAAGAUGUGGGGAAUAUUUGAAGAAACAGGGAUCUUUGCAUGCACGUGCCAUCAUGGCAUGAUGCUGUGGAUUGUUAACAUGGUCCACAGUGGUAAACUCUUUAAGUAUCCACUCUCCAUCAUGAAUAAGGCGCUCAAAGUCCUCAGCUCCCAGCUAUUGAUCAGUUACGAUGUUGGAUGCAAACUCGCUACCACUGUCAAGUCAACCUCCCUUGCUACUAAGUUCAAUGAAUCAAACAGCCACCUAUGCAUUGAUGCAUUCCACGUGUAUAUGCAUAACUAUGUGUGCCAGGAUCAAAACCAUCCAAAUCUUUUGACAUCGUCGAACGCGAAGACUAUCACAUUCAAGCAUGCCAAACUGUCCCUUUGCAUCACAGAUGAAAGCAUUGAGGAAUGGCAGAAGCAGCAGUCAGUAUACCUUGAAACACUUGGUGAAGAAGCUGAGUGGGAUAUGCAUGUGAUGAUGGCUGCAGCACAGAAUGCAUCAGCAUCAUUCCUUAAUGCCAUUCCCUUCGACUAUCAAUUUGUCUCAACUUCGACUGCAACAUCAACAGAUGCCACAUAUGCUGCCAAUCUGUUACAUGCAAAUGAGCACCUGGAUACCAUAUUACAAGAGAUUGCUGCCAUGGAGGUGAAGAUAGGCAUUACACGGAGGUGGGAGCCAUCAGACAUUUAUCAUAUGCGCACUCAUAUUGCUAAAGCCCUCCAAACUCACUGCAAGGCAAUUCAAAACAAGGUGAAGGAAUACAAUGCAGUGGCAUCUGCACUUGUCCUGCCUGCUCUGAGUCUCGACUGGUCGCAUAUCUCUCACUAUGGCUUGAUGAGUUCACACUUCUCCAUGAAAUCCAGCAAGAUGUACAAACAAAUCAAUGGACCCGUCCGGAAGUGCGUGAAUUGA